GACCAUUUCAGAUCAUUUUUCAAUUUCAGAGAUGACUGUAUCAAAAUUAUUGAUAGAAAUGGAAAUUUGUUCUUUCAAUAACAGAUCAAGAAUCCAUGAAUGCUAUCGUGCAUGUGGGAACGAAAUUUGCAAAAUAAGGGGAAGAUGAUGACCCUUCAGUACACAUGCUUGCUGGCAAGGGUAUGGAACAACGGGGUUAAAACUUUCAGACCUUUUCUCUGGACACCAAGUGCUACGUUUAUGUAUAUAAUGAGCCACUUUAUUCACCCAUGCGAAGCCUCUAGUAAUGAUGAAAGCAUCUGUCAUAGGAUUUGGCAUAAAGAUAUACGACGGAGAAACUCUUGCCAAAGCAGCCCUGUAAUUUUCUGUAUCAUUCUUUUAUCAGUAAAAUGCCCAAAGGGUUCACCGCCGUUAACAAUGAUGACGGAGCGAAAGUCGGCACACCACAGCCUCGAACGUGCAUGUCAUCUCUCCAUUCCCUAUGUAAUACCAUGCUGACUAUAUUAGUGGCUGUAUCAGUUGUAGUAAUGCUGGUGAGGAUGGACCAGCGUAUUCAACAAUCAGAGAUAGAGAUACAGCUACUAAGGGAUGAGAAUAAGAUAAAGAGGGAGCAGAUUGAAUAUUUGGAGGUGAUGCAAAGGAGCCGUCCUGGUGCUCUACAAGUGGUUAAACACAGUGAUGAUACCCCCAUUGAGGCAAUCACGGAUACUCCGACAGAGGGUGGAAAAGAUAAUCAAACUGAGAUAGUGACGGAGAAUAUAACAGAGGAGACGGUGUCUUACUGUAACUGUUCAACUCCACAACCCCAAAGCAAUGAUAACAAUCACAAAGCCACUCCAUCAGAUUCAGAUGAGAGCACUAAAAGCUCAGAACCCUCUGAGACGACAGAACCACCUACGAUACCAGUUAGUCCAACAACAAGCAGAUCCUCGGAAAUCCCCGCAUCGCUCUCUAAAACCUACCAGAAGAUACUGUUUGAGGUUGUUGACUGCCACGACAUUUCAGUAAACUCAGAGUCAGGUGCCAGUACUUGGACAUGCGGUGAGAUAUACCAUGACCACAAUAUGAUCUAUCGGUUUAUAACGGGUGUACGAGUCAAUAAGAAAAAGAUAUUGACUCACGUUAACUGCUGUAAUGUGACUGCUAAACUUGAUGUCCCCUAAACUUUCCCUCUCCUUCUGUCAGCUAGUACUACUACUACUAAGCGCCAAGAAAACUUCAUAUUUGACAGAAUUCAGGUCUUGUUAAAGCGCAAGUCUGACUUUAAUUUUGUUUCAUUAUGUUAAAUAAUAGGGAAUUUCACUGACCUUGUACUUCAAUUAUAUCUGAGUUUUUAAAAGAAUGUAUUGCUGUUUCAUCAUAUUGAAUGCGAGAAUAACUGUACAUAAAAUCAAACUGUAGUUGAGUCUGAUUGAGGUUCAUAAUCAUCGUUUCCGAUAUUAUUUCUAUUAUGCCCAGUCCCAGAGUGGUCAGGUAUUUAGCAUCAUAUCUAUUGAGAAGAUAUUUAAGAUUGGAAAUCAGUUAACAUACCAACUUUUUAGAUUAGUCAUAUCUUACGGGCAUGUCAUUCAAUCAAUCCCAGGGCAAACCCUUUAAAGUUUUCGUAUUUUUUGUUCUGUCAAAGAUCACAUAAUUUAUUAACUUAUAACUAGUUAUAACUAAACGGAGGUAAAAAUUUUAUUCAUUAUUUAGAGCACUCUAUUUGAAUUUAUAUUUAUUGUUUCAGUUUUUAUACGAUGAUCGAUUAUUAUUGAAAAACUGCACGAACUGAUUUUGUAUUGAAAUGAAUAUCCAACUUUACAAUGGAGUCAAUUUUUGUUUGAAAUUGAUAUAUAUAUAUACGGGCAUUUUCGUUCUUAAUUGAAAAUAACAUUUUAAACACUUUUUAGCGGCUAUUCUAAAGAAUGGUGAUUUAUAGGACAUAUCAAGGGAUGUUCAAUUUUAUUAUUUAUUUAGAUUGCAAUUUGUAAUCAAUAAUUCACGUAUUAUUCACGUAAAAAAUAUACAUAAUUUUCCCAAUCGUAAAAUCUUUUGAUUUGUGGUGAUAAACGACCAAUCCUUAUUCCACAACCCUUACAGGCAAAAUAUUAAAUUGAUAAUUAUUAAAACUAUUGGAAUUAUUUGGAGAAUUUACAGGAA